AUGACCACACCUUCGCAAGGACAGGGUAUUGGCCGGCCAGUAGUGAUCAACCCUCUACAAGCUGCCACGCCCAGUUCGGCGCACGCGCGCCAGACACUCGCAUACAACACCAUCCUCGCCAACUCGCGCUUCUCCGACAACGACCUGCAGAAGGUGCCCAAGCAAGACUGCCCUCACCGUCAGCGUCCAGACCAUCUUGGAGGCGAGGGAGGUGGUCGCCCUCAUCGUCAGCCCCAGUGCAUCGAGUAG